ACUGCGCACGGGCCGGCGCGCCCAGCCUCGUUUCCAGAGCCUGCCCUCUCGCCUGCCCGCCGCCUGCCGCGCUCGGCCGCUGCCAGGAUGCCGAACUGGGGAGGAGGCAAGACGUGCGGGGUGUGCCGGAAGACGGUGUACUUUGCGGAGGAGGUCCAGUGCGAAGGCGGCAGCUUCCACAGAUCCUGCUUUCUGUGCAUGGUCUGCAAGAAGAACCUGGACAGCACCACUGUGGCCGUGCACGGCGAGGAGAUCUACUGCAAGUCCUGCUACGGCAAGAAGUACGGGCCCAAGGGCUACGGCUACGGGCAGGGCGCGGGCACCCUGAGCAUGGACAAGGGGGAGUCGCUCGGCAUCAGACACGAGGAGGCCCCCGGCCACAGGCCCACCACCAACCCCAACACGUCCAAGUUCGCCCAGAAGAUCGGGGGCUCCGAGCGCUGCCCGCGGUGCAGCCAGGCCGUUUAUGCGGCCGAGAAGGUGAUUGGCGCUGGGAAGUCCUGGCAUAAGUCCUGCUUCCGGUGUGCCAAGUGCGGCAAAGGCCUCGAGUCCACCACCCUGGCCGACAAGGACGGCGAGAUUUACUGCAAAGGAUGCUACGCAAAGAACUUCGGGCCCAAGGGCUUCGGCUUUGGGCAGGGGGCUGGGGCUCUGGUUCACUCUGAGUGAGCCCCCCGCGCCCACUCCCCACUGCCCACGCCAUGCUUCUCAUCACCCCCAACCCCAGCGACCUCGAGACGGCCAGCCUCCUUCCCUUCCUCAGCCCUGCAUGUGUCGCUAAGGACUCAACCCGGGGCGUCUGGCUCCCUUUGGUUUGGGUGUCUGCUGUAGGCCCCCCCUUCCAGGAGCUCCCCCCUCCGCCUGGCCCACCACGUCACCAGCGGGGCCUCUGGUUCUGGGUGUGCCCCCAUCUCUCCCCUCCCCUGCCCUCCCCUCUCCACAGAUUCCCGCCCUCAGAGGCUGAGUAUCCGUCGUCAUUGUGGGGCCCUGCGGGGGGAGGGCCGUGCUCCUCGUGGGGGCCCUCCUAGUGUCCUUCAGAGCAGGCCCGGGGCGUUUCCACCUGGGAGUCUCGGGGGAUGUGCAGACGGGCCCCGAAUGGAGGGGCCACCUGCCCUGGCCUAACCCUAACCCUAACCCUAACCCUUCAAGGCUGUGGGCCACGGUGCCCCCGAGCUCGGGGCGGGGUGGCGCAAGCCAGGCCCUAGGGCCCCAGUUCAAGAUGUGGUCUGGCCUCCCUGGGCUCAAGCUCCCGUGUGGCAGGGCCCUGAUGAAAUACCCCUGACCUUACGGCCGCCCAAACCAGAGGGCGUCUCUGCCCGGCCUGGGUCCUGAGGCUGGUGGGGGGGGGGGGGGGGGGCUGCGCCUAUCAGCAAAGCCCAGCCCCAGGAUCGUCCUCAGCACGGCCAGCUUGGCCCGAAGAAUCGGAGCGAGGCGCAUGCAGCUUGCCUUCACCUGGAUACCCGCCCCAGCCCACCUGGGUCCUGCCCCCCACUCUUUUCCUGGGACCCUCCCCCUCUGGCCACACCGCUCACCCCUUCCAGGCCCCAAGUCCAGAGCAGCAGGAGGACGGGGCGGGGCCAGGCCUGCUGACCCCAUGGACGGAGGGUGAUGCCACGUGGCGUUGCCUGGACUGAGGGCUGUGCUCAAGCUGACCUGCACCCUGUCAAUAAAGCUGUCAGAACGGA